GUCAGCAUCCGCAGCGCUUAUAAAAGGCGCUUUGCGCAUCCCUAAUCCGCUGUGACGUCACAGGGAGGGGCUCCGCUCUCAGCCCUGGACGGACGAACCGAACCGAACCGAACCGCAGCGAGCUUGACGGAGCGAGCGAGCGGGCACCGGCUGGGAAGAGGCGGCGGCGGGGAUGCAGACGGCCGCAGCCGGACCUCUCGUCAGCUGUGACACGCAGGGUUUCCACGUAGGUGAAAGGACUAUGUUUAAAGAAUUGGAGUCAAAUUACCCCAGUAAAAUGAGCCACAUAUACCCACAAGAGGGCGGUGGGGACGCGGUGGAGGAAAGCCCCGGUGCCGCCGCUUCGCAGAGGGCGAGGCAGAAUAAUGGGUCAGUGCCCGGAGAACCUCCUGUACGUCGACCCCGGAGGCCAUGUCAGAUGCUCAGUCAAGAUGGAGAGUUGAAUCCAGAUCAUCAUCAUCACCACCAUCUUCAACCUCCUUAUCAUCACCACCCACCUGCAGGCCGUGGUGGUCCACAACGGCAACGCCGGCGUCCGCCAUCCGUUCAAGGCCAAAGUCAGACCCAUUUUUCUGGCCCGAAUGCAGAGGAUGUUCUCUCUCGCGAAAGUCAAAACACGGAACCCCGUCCUGUCCAGCAGCUUCGGCCCGCUGUCACGCGUUACCGCCGUUGCGGCGACCCGAAUCCGAGGCUCAAAGGUCAAAGACAGAAGCCACUGAUCAAGGAAAUGCAGGAAUCCUCAUCGGUUUCAGACGACCGAGAAAGUCAGACGGAAAUGACAGUGCAGCAAAACACGACAGAUGGUCUUUCAAAGGAGCAAUCCCAGGACAGAGGAUCUCACCACCAGACUCCUGUUGCUGUGGUCAUCCCAACUCACCUCUCACCUGGACCACUACGUCUUGACUUCAAACCGGACCUCCAAGAAAGUUCUGCGGUCUGUGGGAAAGAAGUUCAGGAGAAUGAGGAAGUAGGACCUGCGGAGAAUGGCGCAGAUCAGCACGACCUACAGGUAGUUCAAGAUGGAAGAGAGCAAUGUGUCGACAAGGCGGUGGAAAAUCAGGAGGACGAGAUGGAUGGGGAAGUUCUCGAUGUUGAAGCUCAGGGGAGUGAAAUCACCGAUCUCUGCUCAGACACAGAAAGCGCCGCCUCACUUAGUAAUGACGGACCUCCGCCGCUCCAGUCCCCAACUCCGCCAUCAUCUCCUGAUGCGCCGCUUUUCCCGCAGCUGGACCACUUCGCCGAGGAAGCCAGCAUGAGCCCUUUGCCCGACAAUGACGCUCUGCCUGAAGAUGACGACGAAUGCUCCGAAUCGGCCCUGGAAUACUACCCCAAAACCUAUGCAGACUUUUAUACAGAGUCCCACCAAAAGUCUUACGUGGAGCCGAUUGAAAAUUCAGAGACAAAAUCCCAUCCCAAAUCUUUUCCCGAACCCCUAAAGACCUCCUAUUCCGAAGCACGCCGAGAACCUCGCAUGCAAUCUCGUCAGAAGUCCGAGCCAUACGAGGCCCAGCAGGGGUCCCACCGCGAGCCAUUUACCAGCCAUAGACAGGAGAAUGUCCAAAAAUCCUCCCCUACCAAGGGCUCCCAUCAUGCACCAAGGCGGGGCAAAGACCGAGGUUCCCGUCCCUCCCAAGUGGACAGCUCUGUCGGCUGCCGGCUGCACCACUAUGACGGUCAAUCUGACGGAGAGGGGGGCAGUGCGACACAAAGCCCCAUUCAGAAAAGCUCGAGGCAAGCAGAUACACAGACGAAACAUCCAUCGUCUUCGCUGGGCAGCACGACAGAGACCAAAGAUGAGGUUGGCGUCUCGGCCGAAGAAGGUACAAAGGUCCCGGGAGACGCCAUCAGCCUAGUAAUAAAAGACAUUUGGGAGGCCAUUGAGGAGGUUAAGACCAAGACCAUACGGUCCCCCUACACACCUGACCAGCCCGUGGAACCCAUUUGGGUAAUGAGACAAGAAAUUAGCCCGACAGAGGAAGUCGACCCACUGCAGAUGAUGCCGGGCCAUUCAGUGUCCAGGUCUCCAUCCCAACAUGCCUCAGUGUCAGAUCAGGAGUCUGGCAGUCCGUUGAAUGUCAAGUCCUCCGGAGCAAGCCACUCCCAACAAUAUCGCGAGCAUCAGCCCCAAGGCCGCCAGUCGCAUCAGAGAGAAAGCGUGCAGCCUAAUCAACCACAGCAACAGCAACAUCACCAACAGAAUGAGCAGCAUCUAGCUCAGCAGCCACGACAACAGGUUCAGCAGCCGCCUGGACAAGAGAUUCGCAGAUCUCUUCCUCAAUUUCCCACAUUUGUGGAUGUCCCGGGACCAUGUGACCCUGAUGACCUUAUUGACGGCAUCAUCUUUGCCGCAACUUACUUGGGAUGCACUCACCUGCUCUCAGAGAGGACACCCACAAAGAGCGCCCGCAUGCAACAGGCACAAGAAGCCAUGAACAGAGUGCGGGCAGCUCAGAAGCAGGUAAAGGACAAGAAGAAAAGUCCUGACAGUGAGACUCCAUGUACUGCCGAAGUGGAUCUUUUCAUGUCCACGCAAAGAAUCAAAGUCCUCAAUGCAGAUACUCAGGAGUCUUUAAUGGAUUUGCCGUUGAGGACCAUCUCCUACAUUGCCGACAUUGGCAACAUGGUGGUCCUGAUGGCCCGAGGCAAGAUGGUCCGGUCCCGCGGCGUGCUGGAAAACUUGGAGUACGCAGCUGAGCAUACCAAUGGUGACCGACGGCUCUACAGGAUGAUCUGUCACGUCUUUGAGUCUGAAGAUGCCCAGCUUAUUGCUCAGUCCAUCGGACAGUCAUUCAGUGUGGCCUAUCAGGAGUUCCUCAGGGCCAAUGGCAUCGACCCCGAGGAUCUGAGUCAGAGGGAGUACAGUGACCUACUCAACACUCAGGACAUGUACAAUGAUGACCUCAUCCACUUCUCCAAGUCUGAGAACUGUAGAGACGUUUACAUUGAGAAGCAGAAGGGGGAGAUCCUGGGGGUGGUGAUUGUGGAAUCUGGCUGGGGGUCCAUCCUCCCGACCGUCAUCAUCGCCAAUAUGAUGCACGCAGGCCCUGCAGAGAAGUCCGGUCGGCUUAACAUUGGUGACCAGAUCAUGACUGUCAACGGUACCAGCCUGGUGGGUUUACCUCUCAGCACCUGCCAGAGCAUCAUCAAGGGGCUGAAAUCUCAGUGCAGGAUCAAGAUGAACGUUGUUCGGUGUCCGCCCGUUACCAUGGUCCUCAUUCGCAGGCCGGACCUCAGAUAUCAACUGGGUUUUAGUGUCCAGAAUGGCAUUAUCUGUAGCCUAAUGAGGGGCGGAAUCGCAGAGAGGGGCGGCGUGCGCGUCGGCCAUCGCAUCAUUGAAAUCAACGGUCAGAGUGUCGUGGCGACACCUCAUGAGAGGAUUGUACAGAUUCUGUCAAACGCCAUGGGAGAGAUCCACAUGAAGACGAUGCCUGCCGCCAUGUACCGCCUGCUUACAGCACAGGAGCAACCCGUCUACAUAUGAACACACCUUCACACGCCGCUUCUCCUCCGUCUUCAUCCGGCUUUCACUCCUUUAAAUAGCUUUGCACCUCUUCGCAACCUGUUGGACAUCACGCUAAUUGCCUUAAUCUGUACAGUGCCCAACAACAUGGACAUCAACAGCGUAACGCGUUUGUUUAUUUAAUAUUCAGUUGAGCCAAGCGCUCCCGUGAUGUGGUGCAGUAUGUCGGACCAAAGAUAUAAUCAACGGUCUUAUUGUGCACAUGUCGGGCGGCAAACAGAGUAAAUGUUAUUUUUGGUUGAAUAGCUGUAAUAGCUGAAUGUACACUGCAUAAUGUUGGACCUCAAUAUAGUCAGGGCAAACCAAAUGUUAAACAAGCAUGUUCAUUUUUGCGAUAUAAACUGAAGGCAAAAACACACACACAUACAUACACACACACAAAACCGGGGUUUGUAUUUGAUAUCCAAGUGGAUGCAGUCACUAUUUUAAGAUAUCAAUUCAGUCAGAUUGACUCCAUAAACUAGUAUCUGGACUCAGAUUCAUGCUACUUGGGAGUAUUAAAGACUCCUUUGACAGUGAACACAAACACUCCUCUCGUAACAAAAACCAAAACAUUGUCAUACAUAUUUAACGUAAACAAAAUAUUUAUUUGAAAUCCCCCAGUGUUGACAACAAAACUAAAAAAAAAACAAAAAGACAUUUAAAAGAAACUAACAAGCCACCAUGAUUGUCUUCACCCCAUCCCAUCGAUUGAUUUGACUUGAGAGAAUAAACUUCACAUCAACAUCAUUUGUCCGAAGCUUGACGACAGAAUAUAAAUGUUGUUCCCAGAAAUCAGACCCAAAUGUCACUUUGACUCAAGAUGGUCAAAUCUACAUUCCAGCAUACAGUACUUAAUCCACUGGCACCAGAAAAAAAAAAAGCAAACUCCCCCCC